AUGCCCAUCCCCCAUUUCAUCACUACCCAGAUACACCCUUCCUCUCCUCAAACCCUCCGCCUCACCAACAUUCUGUCUGAUCAACCUGACCAUAUUACCUUGCCACCCAGCCUACUUCGAACCAACUCACCAUAUGUGCCAGAAAAGGAGCGAUCAUCCUCCUGGCAAACACCUACGACAUCGACCAGCGUUCACAUUCUCAUACCAACGUCCGCCCCCAGUGUUUUCACUCCAUCACCUCAAACACAAUCUCAUUGGCAUUGGGAGAGAGGUCAGGUCAUUACACGUAAAUCUUACUCUCAGUUCCUCCAGACCCCUGCUCAGAUUUAUAAACCAUCCGCCUCAACACUCAAAUCACUUCGCACUUUGGAAGUUUUCAUACUUUCUAAAAGUCAUCCAAGGAACCAAAUCCUGCUACCAAAACUAAAGUUCACCUUGAACAUACCCCUAUUUUAAUUCAAAUCAAACCCAGAUCAAAGUCAACACAUUCAAAAAACCUUAAAUCCAAAAAUACCGAUUGAAAGAAUCCAAAUCAAAAACUCGCUGCUGCUGUGAAAAGUGCAGAUGAAGAUGGACAACCAAUCAAGUUCAUUUUGAUCAACACUGUUUGUCCAAAAUCUAAUACAUAGCAAUGGUACAUCUAAUCAACUUUAUCAACAUCAUCUAUGAAGUGCUAAGAAAAGAGCUUCGAUUCCACAAAAUCAAAACUUGGAUCCUGAGAUGAACGUACUGGAAACACUACUGCCAACUAG